GGUGCUCACCUUGCGCGUAACGAAAAUCGGAAUAAAAUUGUUAAAAAAUAAACGUAGUAUUUACACCAGCAACAACAACACGAACGGGCGACAAAGCGACACGCCUCGCGUUGUUGUUUUUGUUGUCGCGCGUUUUUUAUUCGGCAGCACAGCAACUAUUUAUUUAUUUAGGCAAUUUCGCCUGCAAAAACAAAAGUGCUCUUCAUAAAUUCUAAUAAAAAUCUGCGUCAUAAAUCGCGAUUCUCUAGUUUCGCGAGUGUUUCUCCACAAUUCUCUGAUCAGAAUCUGAUUCAAAUGAAAUUUAUGCUUAUGUUUAAAUAUAAUAUGCAAAAGUCCAGUUAACCUUACGUAAUUGUGUGUAUUUCAAAGCGACCAAAAUGCAUCUCGAUCCAAAAAAGUAUCUAAAUUUUGCCUGCUACGUGUGCUAAUAAGUCAAACAAAAACGAAAAAAGAAGCGGCGUUAAGAGUAAGAGUGCCAAUCAAAGAUUAAGAGUAUACCAAUCGAGUAAGGAGAGAUCCAGCACAAGGACUCGAUCGCCUCGAACCGAAACCGAAAGCGGAAGCGGAUACGGCAACGGCAAACGGAUACGGAAGCUGCCAAGAUGGCCGCCGCCCACAGCCACCACAAUGCCAAUAUGCUCAGCUCGGACAUCUCUCGCCGAAAUCCGCAGGACGAGUACGAACUCAUCCAAAAAAUUGGCUCGGGAACCUACGGCGACGUCUAUAAGGCGAAACGAAUACAGAGCAAUGAGCUGGCUGCCAUCAAGGUCAUCAAGCUGGAGCCCUCCGACGACAUACAGAUUAUCCAGCAGGAGAUCAUCAUGAUGAGGGACUGCCGCCACCCGAACAUCAUCGCCUACUACGGCUCGUACCUGCGCAGGGAUAAACUCUGGAUAUGCAUGGAGUUUUGUGGUGGUGGCAGUCUGCAGGACAUCUACCAGGUGACUGGUCCCCUCACCGAAGUCCAGAUCGCGUACAUGUGCCGGGAGACUCUCAAGGGACUCGAGUACCUGCACUCCAUGGGCAAAAUGCACCGGGACAUCAAGGGUGCGAAUAUCCUGUUGACGGAGUACGGCGAUGUCAAACUGGCGGACUUCGGCGUUUCAGCGCAGAUCACGGCCACAAUAAACAAACGCAAGAGCUUCAUAGGUACGCCCUAUUGGAUGGCUCCUGAGGUGGCAGCCGUGGAACGCAAGGGUGGCUAUAACCAACUAUGUGAUAUUUGGGCCUGCGGCAUAACCUCAAUCGAACUGGCUGAAUUGCAGCCGCCGAUGUUCGAUUUGCACCCGAUGCGCGCCCUAUUCCUGAUGUCCAAGAGCGGCUUCAAGCCGCCCACUCUGAACAACAAGGACAAGUGGAGCCCCACGUUCCACAACUUCAUCAAGACGGCGCUGACGAAGAACCCGAAGAAGCGACCCACCGCCGAGCGCCUGCUGCAGCAUCCCUUCGUCCAGGGCGAGAUGUCCUUGCGGGUGGCCAAGGAGCUGCUGCAGAAGUACCAGAGUCCCAACCCGCAGUUCUACUACUAUCUCGAUGGCGAUGAGGAGUCUGUGGCCGGAGUGCCGCAACGCAUUGCCAGCAAAAUGACGUCACGCACCAAUGGCGUGCCAGCGCAAAAUCACACACUAAAAACAGGCAUGACGACGAACUCCACGUGGAAUGAGCGAUCUUCUAGUCCCGAAACGUUACCCAGUGACAUGAGCCUCUUACAAUAUAUUGAUGAGGAGCUGAAGCUAAGAGCGACCUUGCCACUGAACAACGACACCAAAGAUCCACUCGCCGCCGAGUGCAGCUGCUCCUCCCACAAUGGAGGAGCCGCCGGAGGAGGAGGAGGAGGAGGAGUAGGAGCAGGCGGGGCAGCCGCGAACGGCAGCAGCAGCAGCAGCGGAGGCGGAGCAGUCGGCACCACUCAUCAUCAGCACCAACAGCACCACCAGCAUCACCACCAUCCGAAUCAUCUGCAUCAGCAUCAGCCUCAUCAAUUGCCGCCGCAGCAGCAGCAGCAGCAGGCACAUCAGGCGACGCAGCAGGAACACCAUCACCACCAUCCAAUGACCUCGUCCAUAUCCAGCGGCUUGGUGUCCGCCAAUGCCAACAGCAUCAGCUCGUCCGCCUCGCUGGCCUCCAUGCCAGGUCUCACUGCCUACCUGGGCAUGCGAUCCCAUGUGGUUGGCCACAUGGGUAUGGGCUUUGGCAUGGGUCUCGGCCUGUCCAACCUGCGCACCACCAGCAUCGAUGCCGACGACGAUGAACUGGUGGCUGCCGAUGUGGCCAUGAAUAAUGCUGCUGCCGCCGUUCCUGGGAACGGAUCCGGUGCUGGCAACGGUUCCGGAUCCGGAUGCUCCGCCUCUGCGGCGCACUAUCUGCGUUACAGCAGCAACUACCGAUCAGCCGCCGCGGCUCAGGCAUCGCAGGCGGCACAUCCGCACGUUAACUCCAAUUCGAAUUCGAAUUCGAACAACGGCCAUGGCCAUGCGCCGAUCACAUCCAGCAUCUCGUCCUCUGCGUCAUCAGCUUCGUUUUAUAAUCGCCUCCUACUCCUCGAUAAUUCCAGCGGCGAUGCAAAUGUAGGCGGCAACGGAGGCGGCAGCAGCAACAUUAGCAGCAGCGGAGGAGUAGCAGGUGGCACCAAUGGCCUCCUGGACAAGCACGAGCUGGAUGCUCUUCCCCAAGCGGCUACAAAGUCGGCCGGCGAUGGCUUCUCGCAUUCCAACAGCCCAGCGACGAAUUCCGGAGCGGGAGCGACCGGAUCCAGGGAUAACGAUGGACCCUCGUCGAGCAACUCCUCGCAUCUCUACCAGAACCUGCUGAGGAGCAGCUCUGGAGAAACGCCAGCGGGAACGAGCUCGGCGGGCAAUAACUGUGAUUACCGGCAUGAGAGCAACCAGAAUGGUCUGGAGGACUCGCCUCGACGCCAUAGCUCCAUGGAUCAGCUGAUCGGGCUGCUCGAAAACAUGGGCAAGUCUUCGAGGACACGCAGCCUGAGCGAUGGUGGCACCCAGGACGACGACGAAGCGGAGAAGGAGGCGCAACCGGAUCUGCUGAACAACACCCCACCGGUGCCACCGAAACGCUCCCACAAACGCCGUCACACGCCGCCUCGACCCAUCUCCAACGGACUGCCGCCCACUCCCAAGGUGCACAUGGGUGCCUGCUUCUCCAAGAUCUUCAACGGUUGCCCGCUGCGGGUGCACUGCACCGCCUCGUGGAUCCAUCCGGAGACGCGGGACCAGCAUCUGCUGAUCGGCGCCGAGGAGGGUAUCUACAACCUCAACAUGAACGAACUGCACGACGCGGCCAUCGAUCAGUUGUUCCCGCGCCGCACCACCUGGUUGUAUGUCAUCAAAGAUGUGCUCAUGAGUCUGUCUGGGAAAUCCUGCCAGCUCUACAGGCACGACCUGGUGGCCCUGCACUCCAAGCAGACGGUGCGCUUCUCGCUGCACAUGAACAAGAUCCCGGAGCGACUGGUGCCGCGCAAGUUCGCUCUGACCACCAAGGUGCCGGACACAAAGUGCUGCACACAGUGCUGUGUCACACGGAAUCCGUAUAACGGAUACAAAUACCUGUGUGGAGCGACGCCCAGCGGCAUUUUCCUGAUGCAGUGGUACGAUCCACUGAACAAGUUUAUGCUGCUCAAGCAGUGCGAGUGGCCAGCCAUCAGCAUUCAGGGCGGAGGUCACGGCUGCGUCCAGAACGGGCACACACCCGUAUUCGAGAUGAUUAUCACGCCGGAAUUGGAGUACCCGAUUGUGUGCACGGGUGUGCGAAAGGCCAUGAACGGCUGCCUCAAGCUGGAGCUGAUCAACAUGAACAGUGCCAGCUGGUUCCACUCGGAGGACCUGGAAUAUGACGCCAUGGCCACGAUGGUGCCGCGACGCGACCUGCUGAAGGUGGUGCGUGUGCACCAGGUGGAGAAGGACGCCAUUCUGGUCUGCUACGGCAAUCUGAUUCAGGUGGUCACCCUGCAGGGCAACCCCAAGCAGCACAAGAAGAUGGUAUCGCAGCUCAACUUUGACUUCAACGUGGACAGCAUUGUUUGUCUGCCGGACAGCGUUUUGGCAUUCCAUAAGCACGGCAUGCAGGGAAAGUCGUUGCGCAAUGGCGAGGUGACGCAGGAGAUCAAGGACAUGAGUCGCACCUACAGGCUGCUGGGCAGCGAUAAGGUUGUGGCCUUGGAGAGCCAGCUGCUGAGGACCGGCUCCCUGGGCAGCGAGGAGGGACACGAUCUGUACAUUCUGGCCGGGCACGAGGCUAGCUACUAAGCUAAUGGGCGCCCGCCCAAUCCACUGUUAUAUUUUAAAUAUAAUCCGGUUCACCACACAAGUUUUAAGGGCCGUCGCCGCCGUCGUCGUCAACUAUUAACUGUAAUUUAAUUACUCGUAGGCUAAGCAGUGAGUUCACUGAUCAUAGAUGACUAGAGAGAGCCAGUUGCAUGUCGAGCGUUCGAUAGCUUAGAUUAGCGCAAUUUUACAGCACCUAGAGGAGGCGGUCUUCGAAGAAGAGAUCCACACUACCAUGCACACUGACGGGGAUACUCGGCCCGAAUCGCUAUCUUUAGAUCUGCCGAUCACUCGAUAUAUUGAACGUCUGCGUCUACCCGAUUCCGUUGUAGCUAUAUUUUUGUAUUACAAACAAAUGCUUUAAUUUAUACAACUAACUUUAAUCGCUACGUAUAGUUAUGUUAGAGAUUUGUGUAAGCGCUUCACAAAGCCAAUAGAUACGUUUCCAAAUAGUCAGCCAGCAGGAGAAUUCAAGUAUACAUACACUUAAACACACAAUUAUCCACACGAUUCGAGAACCACUAAGGCAGUUGGAACUAAACAAUUAUAUUUAGUCUAUAGCAAUUGUAAAUCGCAAUGUUUUUAGCUAACCAGCCGGUUAAACUGCUUUCGAUUGGCUCAAAACCGCAACGGAAAAUCAAGAACGAGGAGUUGAAGGAUGCGAUAUAGGAUGAUACGGUUUGUUGGGAAACAAAACUAGUUAGUAAGACUUUUCUAACCUAGUAACACGAAUUCAAAACAAAAUAAAUGCAAUUAAUGGUCUGUAUCUGUAUGUUAAACAAGUAAACUGAUUGUCAUAGUUACGGUUCUAGGCUAUAAGAUAAGCGAUGAAAACAGACAACUUUCCGAACAGCACUUUUUGUCGAUUGAGUUGUAUAAAUAUUCUACUAGAUGCUAAGUUAUUUAGUUCAUACGACAAAGCAAAAACCGAAAAUUACAAACUAAUACAGAGAAAAACAAACAGAAGAACUCACAAAAUUGUUGAACUCUAGCUUAGUGCAAAAAUAAAAAAUACGUGAAAGAAA